AUGCAGAUCUCCGACGAGCUGAGAAGACUUGGCUGGUACAUCGUGCCAGUCCUGGAUGUUGCCUGCUUCAUUGGUGGUGUCCCUGUAGAAGAAGACGAGGAGAGGCUUCAGUCCAAGGGAGCACCGCACAUCGCAGUCGGAACGCCUGGUCGCAUGUUCAAGCUCUUGCGCGAUGGCCUUCUCCUCACAGAUGCGCGGUUCCUCGUCCUCGAUGAAGCAGACAAGCUGCUGGACGCAAAUUUCCGGUCCGACACCCUGGACCUCAGCGGAGAUGUUGGCAUGGGUGCUUCAAGUUUAGCAUUGAGCCAGUUCCUUACCGGGGCCCGGGGCGGCCUCGAAGCCUCUGCGGCCAUGGCCCCCAAAAAGGCCAAAGCGGAGGCAAAGCAGCCGAAAGCCAAGGCGAAGGGCGCUGCAGCCCCUCAGGCGGAGGAGCCUCCAAAGGAAGAGAAGGAAAUGAAGGAGGAAGAAGCAUUGAAAGAGGAGGUCAAGGAAGAAAAGCCAAAGGAGGAGGCACAGCCCAAGCAAGAAAGCGAAGCAGAGGAUCCGAAACAGGACGCCGCAGAAGAGGCACUCCAGGAGGACGCCCAAAUGGAAGAUAAGAGUAAAGAGCGUGAGGAAGAUGCGCCCAAAGACAGCCGAGCCAAGGUGAAUGCAGGUGCGGUGGCUCUCAACCUUGAUGAUGCGACGCUGAAUGCUAUGCCUGUCUGCGGUGGCAAAGUGCUCAUGGCGCUCACCGAAGGGGGGAUGCAGUACCUACUUGCCUCCGCACGUUGCAGUGCCGGCAUUAAGGCCGGUCGCUACAUGUACGAGGUCAGGAUCUUGGAGUCGCUGAACCCAUGUGAGACGGCAGGGCACGGCCGAGCUCCGAACCCGCGACAGCUGGUCCGAGUGGGCUUCUCCUUGAAAGGAGGCUCCUUGUUCCUCGGCGAUGGGGAAAACAACUGCUCCUUCGACUCCGAAGGCUUCUUUGUGGACGACAAAGCCAGGAGAAGAGCUUCCUACAAGUUCGUCAGAGAUCAAACUGUGGCCGUCCUCCUGAAUCUAGACCCCUCUAUGGCGAAUGCCAACACAGUGAGUCUUUUCAUCGAUGGCCAGCGCGCUUCUGAUCCACAGCCGCUGCCGGAAGCUCUUGUCGGCAAGCCCCUGUACCCAACGGUGACUUACAAGAAUGUGUCCUUGGAGGUGAAUUUUGGGCCAUCUCCGCGCACAUCCCUGCCGUUCACCUGCAACAUGCUCGCCCACGCUGCAGCGGAAGAUCUCGAGAUCCCAUCUGUAGCGAAGCGGAAGGACGGCAAGGGUGAGCUAGUGAUGCCUGUGGGACUGCCCGACACCGGCUAUUUUGACUGGGUUGACAAGUUUCUUGUCGACAACCCCGACUUCGUGGAGCUCAGCGACCGGAAGAUGUUGGACUGGGCUUGGAAGAGCGGAAUCUGGAAGGCGGGGAAAUACUACAGUGGAUCUGGCGACAAGCCAGAGGCAAGCACUGGUGUGCCAGCAAUUGACGACUGGAGCGUCGGAAAAAUCAUUUCAGCAGUAGCACCCACCUUCCCGCGGAAGUACAUCAUCCCAGAGAUGAAGGCUAACCUUGUGAAGUCUGAUCGUGACGAGGGCCUUAUGCGAUUCACGUCCGCAGACUUUCACCGCAAGGCUGUCGUCAUCAUGGGGGAGCCUGAUCAGCAGUACAAGGAGUGGAUCCAGAAGCUAGUGCUGGAGGAGAAGCAGGCUCAGGCAGAGGCAGAGAAAAGGAAAAAACAAGCGGAGGCCGAGCGCCAACGGCAACAAAAGCGGCAGCAGGAGGAAAGAAAGCGGAAAGCCGAGGCUGCCCGAAAGAACUACGAGGCCGCCAAGCGUCGGAGGCUCGGGGAGGAGGUCGAGGAGACCGAAGAACCGGAAGAGGCUCCGGCUGAAGAGCCGGAGGACGAGGCUCCGGAAGAAGAGCCGGAUGUCCCAGUCGAGCUAACAGAGGAGGAGAAGGCCUUGAAGUGCCGGAAGCCUUCAAUGCCGGACAUGACAGAAAAGGAACUUGCCAGAUCGUAUGCAAGCUUUGCUCUACCUCUCAAGUCGGAGGGCUUUGAUGAGGUGGCCUAUGCUUGGGGGAACGAGUCCAGCUGUUCCGAGUUGCUAAAGGCAUGGAUACUGGAGAAGAAGCAAACGCAGCGUGCGGAAGACUUAGCUCCAGGAACUGACUUCAGGCAGGCGUGGUCUGCAUGGCAGAAGGCGGUGCAGGACUGGAGGAAGGCUCAGACAGAUUUUAAGGAUCCCGCGAAGAGGCGGGCCUUCAAGGAGCAGCGACUGGAGGAAGCCAAAAAGAAGAUCCAAGAGGAGAAGCAGACCCUCAUUGAUGCUGGUGACGAAGAAGGGGCCCGAGCCCUUGAAGAGAAGGUCGAGGCCGAACAGAACGAAGACGUGGACACGGAGAAUCUUGAUGUCCUUGCAGUGGAGGACAUCAACGACAUUGGGAAUGGAGAGCCGCUCUUUGGGCAGUUCCAGUACGAAGACUGGAUUUUGCUCAGUACGAGAUAUGAGCUGCACUUGUUAGCCCAUUCCUUCAAGAAGGACCUGAAUGAUCCUGAUAGGCCAAGCUUCGAUUUGAAGCACCUGAGCUUCUACUACCAGAAGUACUACAGAAAAGCGUGGAACUUCUCCCAGUUUGGUGUCAAAGAAUUUGAGGAACUCGUCGAGUUGCUGAAGGACUCUGUGAGCGUUGAUGCCAGUGGACAUUUGAAGGCAGACGAGCCUGAGGAGACUCCCCUAGAGCGCUUCGUCAAGCUGACGGAGGACAAUCGAAGGGAACGCCAAAGGAGAAUAGACGCUGGCGAUGAGACAGCUAGGCUGAAGUUCUCCAGACCCCAAGCGCAACGAGGAAAUGAUCGAAGCGAGGGUAAGGGAGGAUACGGCAAAGGUGGCAAGGGAUCCUACGGGGGUGGUGGCGGCGGAUCUGGCUAUGGUGGUCAGAAGAGGCCAUACACGCCGCCUCCCCCUGUUCGUAUGGAGGUGGAGGCGGGGGUGGCUAUGCUGGCGGAGCAAGAGGCACCUACGGCCGAUGAUGCUUCCUCAUUGCAGGACAUCAUUUCGAUAACAGAGCUGGUUUUCACCAAGUCUCUUCAGUUUCUGGCCGUCUCUGCCACCUUUCCCCCACCACUUGUCGCACUUGCAGAGGAUCUUUUCGUCCAUGUGGAAAAGAAGCGUGCAACCCGGGGUCAACCUGUCAUGCGAGACUUGCCCAACAAGGUGUUCUUGUGCACGUCAGCUGUGAAGAAGGAUGAGGAAGGGUUGAACAUCUUGCAAGAAGAUGGAGACGACGCUGAUGUCGUAGAGACAGCCUUGCUCAAGGGAGUGCUCCAUCUCCGAUACGUGUUGCAAGGUUAUCAUGUCAGGCAGAAGGUGCCUGCACUGCUGGAAGUGUUGACGACUGCGGCCUAUCAACAGGCUUUCGUCUUCGUGGGGGAUUCCAACAAUGCCAUCCAGAUUGCGGAGCUGCUCAAUCAGGCCGGAGUGCCUGCGGCUGCAAGCACUGGGAAGCUGGACCAAGCCUGGCGGGCGCAGGCUUUCGCUGGACUAAAACGCUUCCAGUACAGAGUGCUGGUCUGCACGGACUUGAUGGCUCGCGGCAUUGAUGCAGAGAAAGUCGAUGUGGUGGUUAACCUGGACCUGCCAACAGAGAAGGAAACCUACUUGCACCGUUCUGGGCGAACUGCCCGUUUCGGGUCGGUGGGCUGGAUGGUUUCGCUGGUUUUCGAGGGCGAUGAGGCCGAGCACUUGGAGUUCUUUCAGAAGCAGCUGGGCUUCGAGCUGGCGGAGUACGCAGACCGGGAGGCAGCGAUCCAGUCGAGGCUCGAAGCACUGAGUCUUCCGCAGGAUGCGAUGGCGCCAAGCCAAGCAGAAGUCGAGCAGUUCCCACAGCAGCCGUUUCCGACCCCAGGGACGAGUGCCGGAGGCGAGAAAGCGAAGGAGCGAGGAACGAGGAGCUCUCAAGGCAGGCCUCUUCAAGGCCCCAAGAAGCAAGCCCGGCAGGACAGAGAGCGGCUGCCUGCUGACCCUUCACCAGGACUCCUGGACACAACGGAGAUCCCUCCGGACGGACGUAGUCAGAGCCUGCAUGCCGGCCGCGGCGGGGCGUCUCCAGCAGGUCCCUUCCCGAGCUCCCGAGCCGAGAGGGUGCCAGCUGAGGCUUAG